CGUGGGCUCUUGCCGGCAGCCCGGGGCAUCAAAGGUUAGGAAGGGACCCAUUUCUCCCUUCGAUUCUCCCCCUUUCACCCCGCCUUUUUGCCUUUUUGCUGCUUCCCCCACUCCCCCUUUUUGUUUUUUUUUUCUCAAGGCCGGGGGAGGGAGGAGUGCGCCGCCACGUUACACCCCUCCCUUCCUGCAAAUCCCCGCUUGCACUGCAAACAAUCUGCCUUCCCCAUUGCAUCCGAGUGAGAUAGCAACAGCAACAUCAUCACGGCAAGCCGGAUGGGAGAGCGCAGAGGAGGCUGCUGCUGAGGGAGAAAGGCACACACGCACACACCAGCUCGGUGUUGCCAAAGCGGUGAGAGCCGCACGAAAAAUAAGCCAUGCUGCCCCGUGUGUCUGGCGCAUUGUGCUCCAUCCGAGCCUUUUAGGAGGAAGAAGAGAAUUAUCUGCUCCGAUUUUUUUCCCCCGCCAACGAGAGUGCGACAGACUUGCGAUGGUUGAAUGUCAAUGCUUGUGAGAGAGAACAACAGUCAGAGGAGGAGGAGGACAGAAGGGGAGGAAAAUGAAGGUGGGGACGGUGGUGGAGAGAAAGAAGGAGCCUCGUCCAAUGCAUCAAAAGGAGGUCCCUGCAGUUGCUGAUAGAGCCCUGGCUGCCUCGCCAUCCACAAUGGUCUGUACAAGCUGCCAAUGCGUUUGAUGACGUUCCUGUUUUGUGAAAGGAGGAAAGGAAACGUGACCAUGUAAGAUCCACGUUUCCCCGGUCAAUUACAUGCGAAGAAUAGAUCUGAUUUCGACGGGAUUUUUUUUUGGUCCAGGAUGGUAACAGCUUAGGGAAUAAUACAGCUGCCUUCCCUCACCAAUUUUGCUCUGAUUUUUUUGGUGUGGUCCAGACAGCUGCUGGAAUAGAGAAGGUCAGAAUAUAUAAAUAUAUAUAAAAUAUAUAUGAUAUAUUAUAUAUAUUAUAUAUAAAAAUAUAUUUAUCUCAGUACAUCUGGGAUUAAGCUCAUUGAAUGCUAAUUAUUUCUUUCAGGACUUUUAAUAUUUGCAAUGAAAUCUUUUAAAGGCAACGGUAAAAUCUGAAGCCACCUGGGAGUACAGUGUUGGAAACGUAGGGUGUUUUCCCAUAAACAAUGUGAAGGUCUUUUUUUUUUUUUCCCCUCAAAGAGGCAAUUUUGAUAAUAACAACAGCUACCAAUUUUGCAUUUUGAUAGCCAGACCGGCUGCUAUUUUGUCUGGGUGCACACCGGGUCUCGUGUGAUCGGGUUUUAUUUUUUAAUUGAAAAAAAAAAUAUAUAUAUUAAAAAAAAAAAGAAGAAAAAGGAAAAAUUACUUGAGAUGCCAAAUACUGUCGAGAGAACCAUAUUCUCCCUCCUCCCCACACCCACCGGAGAAGACGUGGACCCUUCUUUUUUACAGGCUUAGGAGUUGGGAGAGCUGAUCGGGGGCUUUCUCCCGAGCCCGCCGCCCGCGCCCCGGACCCUCGGGCGUGGGAGAUUUAUUUCCUCCUCCCGCUGAUUUCUAAACAAACUUGUGGAGGGGGGGAAGGAUCCCCCCGGAACGCAGAGCCGGGGGGGGGGGGGGUUGGUGGUUUGGGGUAUUUUGUUUUUGGGGAUUUUCUAAUUGUCAUCCUCGCCGGACUCCCGCGGGCUGUCGGGGAAUUCACCCCUCGCCCUCGGCCCCUGCUUGUGUCGUUUCCCCGCCGGCCAGCGCUUCCCCCGCCGGCACUGAGGCCGCAGCGGAGCCCCCCCGGCCGCGGGGCGCCAGGCUCCUGCCCUGUUCUUUCCCGCCCCGUCCCCGCCUGCCAAGGAAAGGCACAUGUUAAUACCACCCGGCGCGGUCAUUUUCUGCUACUGCUGCUGCGGGCUCCUCCGUGCGAGACAGAUGUUGCGAAACCAAGGCCUCCUCAAGUGCCGCUGCCGCAUGCUCUUCAAUGACCUGAAGGUCUUCCUGCUGCGGAGACCCCCCGCGCCGCCGCCGCCCUCCCCGCCGCCGCCGCUCCCCAUGCUCGGCGGCGCAGAGGCGGCGGCGGGCGGCCCGGCGGGGGCCGCACCGCCCGGGGGGCGCGGGCUCGGCUGGCGGGCGGCGGGCGGCGGCGGCGGCGGCGGCGGCGGAGCGGGCAGUCCGGCCGCCGAGGAGUGGGGCAGCCCUGCCGGGGAGCCGCCCGCCUCCCUGCCCAGCAGCACCUCCUCGGAUGACUUCGGCAAGAGCAAGGCCGAAGACCGCUACUCGCUGGGCAGCAGCGUCGACAGCGGCAUCCGCACCCCGCUCUGCAGGAUCUGCUUCCAGGGGCCCGAGCAGGGGGAGUUGCUGAGCCCAUGUCGAUGUGAUGGAUCAGUGAAGUGCACGCACCAGCCAUGUCUGAUCAAAUGGAUUAGCGAGAGAGGCUGCUGGAGCUGUGAGCUGUGUUACUACAAGUAUCACGUCAUUGCCAUAAGCACAAAGAACCCUCUGCAGGUAAAGUGGCAGGCCAUCUCUCUGACAGUCAUUGAGAAGGUUCAGAUAGCAGCAGCCAUCCUGGGUUCCCUCUUCCUCAUCGCCAGUAUCUCGUGGCUCAUCUGGUCGACCUUCAGUCCUUCGGCCAAAUGGCAGCGCCAGGACCUGCUCUUCCAGAUCUGCUAUGGAAUGUACGGCUUCAUGGACAUUGUCUGUAUAGGUCUAAUAAUACAUGAAGGGCCCUCGGUUUACCGGAUUUUUAAGCGGUGGCAGGCGGUCAAUCAGCAGUGGAAAGUGCUGAACUAUGACAAAACAAAGGACAUGGAGGAACAAAAAACAGGGACCAGGACAAAUCAGCGCCCCUCCUCCCAAACCACCCACUCGUCCUCCACUGGUGGUACAGCCACUAACGCCGCUCCAGCCGACAGCGGGGCACGGGCUGCCGGCCAUGCCACAGGCACCCUCUCUGACCACCACUGUGCUUAUACCAUCCUGCAUAUACUCAGCCACCUGAGGCCUCACGAACAGAGGAGUCAGUCUAGUAGUAACAGAGAGCUCGUCAUGAGGGUCACGACGGUCUGAGCCGAGGAAUUCAGGAGGCCUUAACACAAAGCGGAGGAGACAAAGAACUCAUAAAGCAGAGGAGCAUGGUGUGCCUUUUUCUUUCUCUUUCCUUUUCUUUUUUUUUUUUUCCUUCCCUUUUUUUUUUUUUUUGUUUGGGUUUUUUUUCUUCUCCUCUCCUUUUCUUUUUUGGUAACUGCACAAGAUAUAAGAGGCGGCACCUGGCCAGCUGAGUUAAAAAGCAGGUGGAGGGAGAGCUGCACACUCAUGCUAAAGAGGUUAAUGUUUUCCAGCCUGUUUAAAAAAAAAAAAAAAAAAAAAAAAAAAGGAAAAAAUAGAAAAAAGAAAAAAGAAAAAAGAGUCAACAACACAAAUCACAAAAAAAAAAGCAAACAACAAAACAAGUGCAAUACAGACUACAAACUGAGUAGGCAGAGUUCUGGGGAAGCAGAGGAACAGACGGUUUAGCAUGUCUUACAAAUCCUAUUACCUGGAAUAGGUAACGCUCUGUACGCACCCCCCCUUACACACACGCACGCGCACACAAACACACACACACACAGUGUGAGAUUUAUAAAAACAAGGGAAUGAAAUGUUUUGGAGUAUUUUUGUUUUCCAGACUGUGAUUAACGAGGGCUAUGAGUUGUUUUGUUUCAUGAGUCACUCUGGAGCCUUGUUCAAUUUACCAUAAGAUACCUGAAGUGAAAUGGCUGGGGAAUUUUCAGUACUGAUUUGCAGAAAGAGAGAUUGAAUCAUCCCACCAAGAAAAUCUAACAAAACCCAGGCAUACCCAAAUUUCACCAAAAAUCCUGUUUUUCCUAAGGUUCCUGACAAGGGGUUCGUGAGGGUGGAACUGGGAGGGGGGAGGGGUGCUCCAUGAUCUUUAUUCGACAUGUAGGCAUUUUUGGCAAAUUUUAUACAAAUGCUCCACAGGUGUUUCAAGCACAAGUACUGGUGUGAUUUAUGCCUUCAUAACCCCAAGUCCAGCAUCCACAUCUUGCCACUCACACACAUAAUUUUCCAUGCAGACAUUCCAGGUUAAUUUCCUUCCAUUUUACUCUGAUCACAAGAAGCUGACCCAUCUUCGUGGGUUUCUGCUUACUUGCUGAUUCAGACACUCAUGCAUUUGACAUAUAUAUCGUUUUUUUGUUUCGGUGUCUGUAUCCCUGCUGCUCGAUUUGCAACAGUCUCACUCAGUCUUGUAGGCUGAGCCUUUCACAUCCAGUCUGUUAGUUGAUUACAGAGUCUAUUCCAUUCAAUCAUUCAAGAGAGUUAGUCUGAAGAAGGAGCACAGUUGCUGAUCAGAUCUGUAACACUUCAAAUAGUCUCCUUCUCUGGGAUAUAUCCUCGAAGGUACUGGUUGCUCUUCAGGAACAUUCUCUUUCAAUGCACAAUGGCUGAAUCAUUUGUGGAUAUUAAAGGGACACUGUCAAGUACUUUUUAAAUAGUUUUUAGGGUUUGGGCUUUUUUUACUCUCCAUUGUUUGUAAUAUUCUCUUACAAGCUUGAAAAUAAAAUUUCUUUCCCUACUGUUUUUGUCCUUUUCCAUUUGGGCAUAUAUUGUUCUCUCUGCUCACCCCAUUCCUUUCACCAUCCCUGUCCUCCUCCUCCUCACCUUUCUUCUGCAACAGGAGGAAAUGCAUGUUGCUAAUUUCCUGCUGUCUGUCCUAACUCUAUGGAGGGUACGUCCCAGCUCUACGGGGUUGAGCUGUUUGGCUUGUGCAACAACUGCUAAAAAGGAAGCGUAAGAGCAGGAAACCUAAAAAUAUGGAGAUGAGCUAAUUGAGGAGCAACAGUUCAGCAGUCCCAAAACAAUGAACCCAUACUGAUCAAGCCUGAACCCAGCUCCACCCAAAUUUAAGAUAAGGACUUCAGCCAAACUGCAUCCAUUUAGCAGCAGUUCUGAGCAACAUAUUGCACAAUGGCUGUGUCAUCUCCGUCAUCUUCUCAGCAUCUCUCACAGCUUCUACUGGAGCCAGGGCAAACAUGGGCCACCAGCUCCUUUUGGCAGCUAGCUUGUCAUGGAUCAGGUGUUUCUGGACCAGAGUAGGUGUCAAACUUCAGCUUCCAGGUUUAAACACAUUGGCCAUUCUGAAACAUUGAAGAUGGAGGUUAGCAUCUUAAGGCAGAUCAUAUUUUUCAUCUUGAUUACUUGACAGUGUCCCUUUGAAUAUCGGAAUGCAACAGAACAGGUACUUCUCUGGCAGAGAAUGUGGAAGGUGAAACACCGGCCAAGAAAGCUGACUUACUGAGGACCCAUGUGAAACAGCAUGGUUUCUGAGGCCACUGUACCUUUAUUUGACCAAUCCUACUAUCUACCAAAGAGUGCUUUUGGCAAAGGACAGGGAAGGGAUGUUGGUGGGCAGAGGAAGAGGGAAGGGGCAAUUCUGAUAAUCUCUAAAAGCAGCUAUUCCCAGAAUGAAGGUGUUGCAAUGAAUGGUCUCUGGAAGAAGCACUUCUCAUCCACAGUAGAGAGAAACCUGGCCAAAGCAAGCAAUCACAGCAGCCUCUCACCCCCAUGCCUGUCCUGGAAGCUGUCCUCCUUCCAAGAGAUGAGUAAUUAUGGUGGUUUUGGCAAGGGGGAAGCAUAUACACAUGAAGGGGCAGCUAUCAGACAUGAUAUUGUUUCCCUCCCUGCCAUCCGCUCAUUUAAUAUGGAGAAGUCAAAUUCCUUUAAUUUGGCUAAUGGUUAAAAGUUCAUGAGGUCAGAAGCACAACUUGCCAUGAAAGAGUGGUGUGAUCUAGUACACUGAGCACACAGGACUCUGCAUACUCUCACUCCAGCUCUGCCACUGACUCUGUAGCCUUGGGCUGUUUGGCUCAGUCCCCCCUCCACGCAAAGGGGGAAUAACAAUACGUACCUACCUCACAGGGGUGUUGUGAGAAUCCACGUUGGUAAAGCCUGUUGAAGUGCUAAGUCUACCACCGGUAGUCACGAAGUGUGUGGUGGGGGUGAGCAGCGCUGCCCUUUUGCUGGUUACAGUCCGAAUCACUCAGCGGGAGUCCCAUCGGCCCUCUCCUGCUUGGAGAUCCUCCUUGAUCUGAAGCGGAGGGUGUCGUCCGAGUGCCCUCUCCUCCAUUGCAUGACAUUUUAAGCGGCUGUGAGGUGCAGGGUAGUGACAGACAAGAAGUCCUACUUGACCAGGGAUUUGCUACAACGUUUUCUAUAUCUGUGGGGUUUGUUGGUUUGUUUUUUCCAUAUAUUGUGCUUAGAAAUAAACUUUCCACUUAGGGCUGGCGGUUUGGGGUCUAUUCUGUUGCAUGGCAAUGUAUACAAGUCUUAUUGUCUGUCUUACUGUGCAAAUGAUCCCGCAGCCGAGUUUCAGAGAUGGGUAUGGUCUGAGCCUUUUCAUAGUGGCAUAAGACUCAAAAGCCUGUCUAGACUGUUUAAUAUUUAAACAACACUAUGAACUUGUCAAUUGUAUGUGUUCUGUGCAAUACAAAGCAUGUCAUUAGCUGGCUUGAUGGGCAGAGGGGCUAAAGAAAGGUCAAAACUUGUUCAAAGAGCUCCAUAUAUGUGCCAGCAUGGAGCCGAAGGGCUGCCACCAGCAAAGCAAACUCGGAGAAGCCAUUGGAAACUGAUUUUAUAACAGUUAACUCCAGAACAAGGUACUUCUGAGUUUAUGAACUUCUAGGCUGCCAGCCUGAGAGAACAAGUGCAAAUGUAGCGUGGGGGUUGGGGUUUUGGAUUCACUUUUUCUUUCCUCCCCAAAGUAUUGAUAGGAGAAAUACGGAUGAGGGUCCCUUCCUUCCAUAGCACAGUUCUCUUGUCUCCCACAACCUCCUUGAGCCAUCCCCUUUGUGCUACUAUGCAGGACUUUUAAAGGUGCAAAUGGAGACAGUACGCUCCUGAGACAUGCAAAAUACGUUGUGUAUUGGUGGAUUCUAACAGACAGAAGAGAUGGGGCAGAGCUAUGCUACAGAAGGCAUCUCUUCUCCCCCACAUCUUUCCUCUAGUCUUGUGUGCUGGGUUCCUGAAGAGACGUUCUCUGUAUUUUGUUACAAGUCAGUCAGAUCAGCUUCCACCGACAAACAAAGCUUGCAGAGUUUGGCAGCUGUUUCUCCCAGUGGAGAAAAUUCCAGGUCCUACCACUGUGGAGACCCCUCAGUUCUUGGGCUUUGUGGUCCUCCAACACAGUUUGGGGGUGGUCAAUGUGGAGGACUGUGUUCAGCCAUCAUCAGAAAUCGUGUGUGUGGUCCUGCUCAUUCUUGUGAUUUCUGCUAGUCCCCUGAUUUUCCGUCAGUUUUGACAGGUCUUUCUGGUAAUGCUUUUCUGGUUAUGCUCGUCAGAGGUGUUUUGGUCUGUGUCAGUUGCCAAUGCUAUUCUUGCCUACUGAAACACCAGUGCUGGCCUCCAGCUUCCACAGCUCUUCCGUUCUUGCCAUCUAGCCUUUUGGUAAAUACCCACUACCAAGUUCAGACCCUCUUUCUCUGUGCUUGCAAUGACUCAAGUACAUGCACUAACCCAAGGGUCAUCAGAGAACACAGGGACCAUUAGGAGUCUGCAUCAAGAGUCAGACUCCAUAACCAUCAGUUAGUCCUCUCUGAUAUAUUCACUUUGCCAGUCUCAGUGCCUGCUGUUAAUUGGCUGCCACAAAAUCCCUAUAAUGCUAGCAGAACCCAUAUACCCACCUAACACUUGGUUUCCAGUUUCAAAUGUCAGAAGUGAUGGACCGUUUUUCAAUUAAGUCAGGUGCGUUCCCUGUUGUGGUUUCCCAAGCAAGGUGCUGAAGAGGUCCAUGUCUUACCUUACCAUGAUGGGCAACCCAAGGAAAGAGCAAAUCAGUACGUAGAUUUGAGUCAAGAGAGGCAUCAGCUAUCCACUAUGUUUUUACUCAGGGAGACAGAACACUACUCACGUCUGCCAGGUCCCUGACCUUUCUCAAAGCCCUUGUAUCUGGCAGCAGUAAACCAUCAGAGCCAGUGCCUGUAAAUGGAGAACAAUUCUAAAGAUUUUCCAGUUCUGAGGAUGAUCCUCUGCCCACGUGUGGUGGUCAGUCCUUCAAGCACCUUCUCUUUGUUUUCCUCAAGAGAAGAAAAGAUUAUUUUUGACUAAGCAAAGUACUGCUAUUCUUUAGUGUAGGAGGAGACUGCACCAUUAGCACCUCCAACCUGUGGUUUAUCCACCAGGACUCCUGCACAUCUCCUUGUGAAACGCAUGGCCAGAAGACCUAAUCCUUUCUCUUACUAUCAUGUGUUGGUCAAGCACGUGGAGGGAAGUGCUUGGUCACAGUGCCAUUGUCUUAGUGACUACUUCCUGAGUAUCCUAACCUUCCUUCCACUAUCAUCUUGCUUGUGACUGCUCAUUCUUUUUCCUGAGCCAACAGAUGCCUCAUCCCCUCUGCCAUCCCUAAACUCCAGCCCUGAAGAUCUCUUGAGCAGACAGGCACAGGGUACCUCACAGACUCAUUUUAGAGUCUUCUACAUCCUUCAUGUACCCAGGCAGGCAAAUUCAUUUCAUUGAUAGACAACGGCAUAUUUGAAUUCUGAGAGGAGGAACAAGUGUUGGAGUUUAUUGCAUUGACCUUCACCUCUUCUUCCAUGUUUAAGGAGAUACAAUGAAAGCAUCAAUUGGUUUCCAUAUGACAGCACUGAGCUGAUGGCUUUAGGAGUAUUUCCCUCAAUAAUGCAAGUCUGACAUGCUGCAGUUACUGAAGGCAGUCUUUGAUCUCACAUCUAUCACGCUGAAUAAAAGGAGAACAGAAUCUGACACUUCUGUGCUGUUUACACAAACAUCAAAAACUAUCUUAGUUCAUUAUUCAAAUUACCUCCAGGUCAGUGGGUGAAUUGCAUCUUUGACAAAAGAAUGAUGUUUUCUCUUCCAGAACUGGAAUUGCAAGCUAAAAUAUGUGUACACACUUACAUAUAUAUUUAGAAAUGUUAUCCUGAAAACACAAAGAAAAGGAAAAAAAAAAACCCCAACAACAAAUAAACCUGAAAGAAUACUUAACUGUAUAGAAUACGUCUUGACAGGAGCUAGGGAGUUGCUAUGUGGAAAGUAUGACGUAUGAUGUGACUUCAAGAAAAGAGAAGACAGAACAGGGAAAUGCUUUCAUGUGACCUCUGGCUUGUCUCUGGUUCAUGUUCAUUAUUGUGUAGCAUUUAAUUAAUGCAGAAGUAUGUGGAAAACAGACGCUCAGCUCCAGCAGCAACAAACAGACUGAAGACCCCUUAAACUUAUCUGAGCCAUACUCAGCAAGCACAAUGAUGAAAAAGCACAAACAGCUGCCAUCACAAGUUUGAGAAGAGAUGAAUUUCUGAACAGGGGCAAGAACUCAGAAUUCUUUUUCAAGCCACAUUGACAGUAUUUUUCCUAGCGUGUUUACUUCUAUUACUAACCCUUCUUUUCCCCAAGCAUCUAAGAAAAGAAAAUAAAAGGAAAAAAGAGGAUUCUGAUUUGUAGGACUUCAAGAAUUAAGUAACAGUAUAGAAGAGGUAUGAAGCGAAGAUGCUCCUUUAUAUGUUAUGUUAUGCAUCAAGAUGUGCUUUACCAACCAGAAUUAGGACAUCACAUUCAAUUCACUGCUUGCUCAAAUAAAGUCUGAGUGAUACUGCUCACAAUCAAGGAGCCUUCCUAGAGCUUAGCCUUCUACAGGAGACCACAGCUUUCCUCUGGAUGGGAUAGCCAGCACCAGGCAGAGAUGUGCCCCUCUACGUCAAGAUGACAACUUCUUCUUAGCAAGUCACUCUUGGGCAGUGGGAGCAUCUAUCAGCUUAUAAAAGUCUUGUUAUCAAUAAUCAUAGGAAUUGCACAAGCCAAAUGUGCCCCAGCAAGUUGCACUUCUCCUCCUUUCAUAGUUCAAGUUGAUGACAGAGCUACUCUGCUCUUUGCUCUUCAUUAGAAGACAGCUUUCCUUUAAAACCCAGCCUGCUGCACUUCUCUGGGAGUUUUUCUACUGCAUGUUACAGAGGUUCAGUUUAGUUCUUUUUCCUAGAAGGAUGAACAGAUCUUUACCUAACCUACCUGAUUGCUUUUCCCAACUAAAGAGACAAAUAUUGGUGUUUUCUGAACAGCUGAUCUCCAUACCUAUGUUCUUAUGAGAUUAUAUUCCCCCUUCUCUUCCACUCACUACUCCAUAAUCUUUGCUUUCCUUUGGAAAAGGGUUAUUGAUGGUAGAGAGUCUCUCUCGGGAGUGUGGACAGCCCUUCUACUCCUUGCUAACAGGCACAUAAACUUUUCUCCUUCCUUCUAGACUGGAGUGGCCAGCAGAACCCUUUUUCAUGGAGUUUAGCUUCUUGAUCCAGAAAAGCAAACACUUUCAAGUAUCUAUCAUCUCCUUCACUGCUAUCGAGCUGUGGGACAAUGGCAUGGGGAACUUGCUUUUUCUUAGCCUCAGGGUAACUAGAGUGGAUGAUGUACCUGAGCCAAAACCACAGUAAGGACGAAGCACUUUUAUUUUAGAUGGUGGUAAAACUGGGUGAGGUCUGCCCUGAUGAUAGGGAAGCCAGAAUCUUUGUCAGAUUUAUUUGGCAGCAAAGCAAAUAGGCCUUGUCCCUCAUGUUUUAGCUCAUACACAUCAGCUGUUAUAAACAAACCCUCUGUAGGCAAUGCAGGCUAGGCCUGUGGAGGAAAUCUUCCUCAUUCCAGAAGCACAACCAGCCCAUAGCUAUGCAUCAACCCCUUUGGGACUUUUGCCCAAGAGGCUGAGAGUAAGAAGGGAGGUAGCUAGUGGGUAUGGCAAGAACACUUCUCUGGAUCUUCAUCCCCAGUGGGCAAAAUCCCCAGUAGGCUAAAUCUGCAUCUCCUCAUGUGAAUCCCUUUUGAAAUCACUCCCAAAGACUACGGUCUGAUCCUUUAGUACUACAGGGUCUGCCUGGGAGAGGAAUCAGUGUGUCUGCAUGGAUCUCCAAAGUCUGUUGUCACGCCUGGAAGAAAUCACUGUGUUCACUGAGGGAUGAGUCAAUGGUGUGACCAUGCAGAAAUACUCUCUUUGAGAUUCUACAGAGAUACGUGUGGGGCUGGGAGGGGGGAUAGUUUUUGUUAAGGGCAGGAAGCACAGGGAAGGGAAGGCUAUAAUGUAAGAAAUAAUCAGCCACAAGGGAGGGGUUGACCAAGAGGAAUGACCAUGUCAACUGUGUUACUGUCCCGUCAUUCUCCUGAACCCAGAAUGGAAACUUCCAAGUGCUCUUCAUGAGCUUACGUUUAUUAGAAAACUAUUCCUGGGUGUUCAAGGUUGUUUUCUAAUGAAAAUAUACAUAAUAAAAAAGCAAAUGAAUGACUCUUGUUAAUCUUUUCAUCUCCUCUGUUAACCUGUAACACACACUGUGAAACUUACCUCCUUCCUUGUUUGUUUACUGCCAUUCCUGGUCAAUAAAAUCUCUCUCUUUCUGGUCACGAUCUA